GGUUCCUUUCGAUUCCAUUUUAAUUUUGUGGACUUUGGAGUAAUUUGCUUAAAGAACCAAUUUUUGAUUGAUAUUUUCUGCUCUCCUUUCAUUUUGACAUUUUGAUCUGGUUUUGAGAACUUUGGUUGAGUAACAGUAGCCUGCGUUUAAAAGAUGUUAGCUUUGGAUGUAUAGAUGUAGAGUUAGGUUUCUAAUUGCCUUUAUUUUUGCUUUGGUUGAUGAUUUAUGGUUGAUUGACUCGUUAAAGGGAAGUGCGCUGAUUUUGUGGACAAUUAUGUUAGACUGAUGGGCAUGAAUGUGACCAAUUGAUUUUCUCUCCGUUUCCAUUAUGAUGCAGAAGAAAGUUCUAUUUUGCUGAAAUGUUUUGCAACUUUCAGUUGUUCAUUCAUACCAUGAUUGUACUCAUCUUUGAUCUCGUUGUGAGUACUAUCACUUACUCUUGGCGUAGUAGUUCUUAGGAUGAGGUUAAAGACUUUGAAGUAAUGGCGGGAUUUCCAGGUUUUAGUUACCUAGGCCCAAAAGGCAAGAACACGGUUGUAGCUGGUGGCUUGACAGCUUUUGUUUUUGGGGUAUACUUCUACACAAUGAGGGCGGUUGGUGGCACAGACGAGCUUCAAGUGGCUAUAGACAAGUUCGAAGGCCAAAAACAGGUGGACACUGACACCAAGGUUCCAUCUAAGGUCUAAUCCUCACUGGCUUGAUAUGUCCAACCAAACCCGUUAUUUAUCUUUGCUUUCCAAGCUUCUUUUGUCACGAAAGUGGCUCGUUUCUGACAUCGAGUGGCAUCUGUGUUUGAGUCUCAGUCCAAUCUAUAAUACAUUGAUUAAACAAGAGAAUGUAUGAUCAGGACAUGGUUUUGAUGUUCUUGACAUUGUCUUAAGUUCUCAACUUUAUCAUACUCUUUGUACCUAAACGUU